AUGCCGAUCUUAACUCCGGUUAUAAAACUUGUGGUUUUUAGGCAAAGUCUUCGACCACAUUCUGCUGUUGCAUUCCUUGUUGAGUUCCUCUGCUUUGUCUUAGAGCUACUCGACAAGGAGAAAUAUCUAGCCAAAAUAUUCGGCAUUGUAUGCGCUUGCGACACUUUAGUUUUCACUUUGCUCGAUCUAAUCCAAAAUCUGAUCGAGGAAGAAGUUACCAUACAGAGAUACGGUCGAGUGUUUUGGCUCUACACAAACGAUGGACGGCUCUAUUGGCACACACUAAACGCGUAUCUCUUGAUGUUAUGCAUUGUCCAUGUCAUUGGUUCCGCGAUCUCUUACAUUUCCCGUAGACAUUAUAUGGUCUUACUCCCACUUUUCGUUGCCGGUCUCGAACUCGUCCCACAAGAGGCUUAUCGAGUUCUUGGAAGAGAUCAAGGACUUCAAGAUUAUGUUGGGCCGGAUCAGGAGUCACGAGAUCGUGUUGAGCAAGAUCAAGGUGAUGGAGUUCGUGAUCAUGUUGGGCCUGAUCGUGGCCCAUAA